AUGCCUACAAAGGGGGAGAGGGGAAAAGCGACGGACUUCAGCAUCGCGGCCAUCAUGGCGCCCAGGGGUCCGUCCUUCGGGCAUUACCACCUGCAGGGCAUCGGCAACGCUGCUACCACCGCUAAUACCAGCCUAGAAUGCCCAGCUGGAUUUGUUGCGGAGUCGACGUUGGAUCACUCAGGUGUGCAACAGUCACCAGUGAACAUCGUCGCGACGGCGACCGUAGUGACGGAAGAAGCCCUUUUGGGCGAAGAGGAGACUGAGAACUGCGAGGGCGAGAGCGAAAGUACCGAGAAGUCCGCGAACGAGGAAGAUGAGGAGGUGGACGUCGAUGUGGAGGAGUGCAGCAGCGUCGAAGAAGGGCCAGUCCACGAAGUGCUGGCCGAAGACCGUGCCGAGGCCGGCACGCCCUCGCGAAGAAGCAGCGCGGAAAGUAGCAGCAACACGGACGAGAGGAGGCAACGUCUGAGGACCAGCUGCAACUCUGACGAGCUGCGUGAUGUCGAGUGCCACCUCGAGACCAAGGAGCUCUGGGACAAGUUCAACGACCUCGGUACAGAGAUGAUCAUCACGAAGACCGGCCGACGGAUGUUUCCGACGUGCCGGGUAUCCUUUACCGGACUCAAGUCCGAGGGUCGUUAUGCAGUAUUAAUGGACAUCGUGCCGGUCGACAACAAGAGGUAUCGAUACGCCUAUCACCGUAGCUGUUGGUUAGAGGCAGGCAAAGCGGAUCCACCGGCGCCUGUGCGACUUUACGUUCAUCCCGACUCACCCUUCACCGGUGAGCAACUGCGGAAACAGGUCGUCUCUUUCGAGAAAGUCAAGCUGACAAACAACGACAUGGAUAAGCACGGUCAGAUUGUACUGAACUCAAUGCACAGGUAUCAGCCGAGGAUACACUUGAUUCGCUGUCGACAUACCGACGAUAGCAGUUUGCACAUCACCGACCUCCAAAAGGAGGAGUAUAAGACGUUUAUUUUUCCCGAAGCCAUUUUCACCGCUGUCACGGCAUAUCAGAAUCAGCUGAUAACAAGAUUGAAGAUCGACAGUAAUCCGUUCGCCAAAGGUUUUAGAGAUUCAUCGAGACUUACAGACUUCGAUCGAGAUCCUAUGGAGAUUAUGGAACAGCAGUUGAUGAGAUGCGGCGUACCCUCGGUAAGAAUCUACGAGCACCUCGCUAUGUCGUCGCAGGCCGUAGCUGUUGCCGCUACGCUGGGUGCUCAGCCACAACAGCCGCAACAGCAACACCAUCAGCCAUCCGCACAACAACAGCAACAGCACGAGAGCGGUGGACACGCGUUAUCGUCCUGGCUGGCGCCAGUAUCAACACCGCUCUUAUACGGCAGGGGUGCAGCCAGUUCUCCAUCACUCUAUUCCACCGCCGCUGUUACAGCCACCCCCGGUUUUCCAUAUACGCCGCUGGCGUGGCCCUGGCAACCACCCUCCGUCGCGAUGAUCUCGCGACGAUCCUCGCCCCCCACCAACCUGAGGUACGUGCCCUAUCCAACACCGGCCAGCUCACCCCCGUCGCUACGAGCACGCCCGACCUCCCCCAAUUAG